AUGGCUGAGGAUUGGGGAGCCGUUGAUGAUGCUGCACCUGUUGUAGUUGCACCUGAAGUUCAGGAUAUUAAACUAUUUGGAAAAUGGAGCACAGAUGAUGUUCAAGUCAGUGACAUCAGCUUAACUGUAAGUGCCCUCAUCAUUACUAUAACCUUUCUCUUGUGGCUCUGUAUGGAAAGCCCAUCCGGAGGUCUGUUUAGUUUAAAUUUUUGAAAAGAAUGUACUUUAGGUGUCUAUCUUAGUUUCUUCUGUAGCUUUUGACAUGUUUUAUAAUUUACAGGACUACAUUGCAGUUAAAGAGAAGUACGCCACUUAUCUACCCCACACUGCGGGUCGUUAUGCUGCAAAACGGUUUAGGAAGGCACAGGUAAAUGAUAGGAAAUAGCUGGAAUUCUGCAUGGGUUGGUUAUCAUUUGAUAAACGGCUCUCUUCACUACAUCAACUCUCCUACCAUGGAUAUUGGUUUACAGUAGUAGGUAGUCUCUCCAAUAUUCCAUUACAACUCAGUCCUUUACAUAUACUUUUUGUUUAGUUGGGCAAUGUUGUUAAGAUGAAAAGAUACCUUAUUUUGGAUGAUUUUAUCCUAAAUUCUCAUAAUUAUACUGAAUCAGUUAUUUAUAUAAUAGGGCAUUUGCAUGAUGACAUCUUUUGAAUAUUAAGACCAGAAUGCAUUUGGUUUUUCCUUUCCUUUUUUAAUUUGGUAAUCCCAGUGAGGUUGAAAUAACAAAAGCCUUACAGUCAAGUCCCUUUAUAGCGGACACUUAAGGGACCUUAAGUUAGUGUCCUCUGUAGCGAGAGUCCGUAAUAGCCGGAGUUUAUUGCAGUCAAAUGUCUGUAUAUUAUUUACUUUUGCCCGGAAUUUAUCUGCUGUCCGUAUUAUAGGGGUGUCCGUUAUAGCGGGGUGUCCGUAAGGUGAGAGUUGACUGUAAUUUGCACAAGGAAGCAAAACCCUGAAGGAUUAUGGUUGAAGUAGUUAAAUGAUGCCAUUGUGUAAAUGGCCUAUUGGCAGAUUUAGUAAUUGAGCGUUGAUCUACGACUAAGCAAAAUGUGAUGCUGAUCGACAAAAUAGUGUUUAAUUAAUGAUCUGGUUAAGACAGGAAGCAAUUUCUUUUGUUAUGGCACAAUAUGCUUUCCUCACAUAGAACUUUUUUUCAUUUUCAAACAAAGAAUGCAGAAACUGCAUAAAGGCAGUUUAUGAAAUAAAAUCCUCUCUUAUCUGGACCAUUACUUGAAUUGGGGGAAGGGUGGGAGAUGCAUGCAGUAAACAGAAAGUCGCAGCUUGCCAUUCGGGCAAGCUGUAGCAAGCAUUUACUAGCCCAAAAGUCAUUUCCAAAAGUCAUUUUAAGUAGCCAGAAAAAAAUGUUUGAUGAAUAGGAUUGAUUACAGUUCUUCUGUAAUUUAGAUUCCCCAAAAAGAUUCACUUUCCCAUCAAGCAAGUUAUGUUGUACUGUCAUCUUGUCCCUUGUGUCUAUUUUAAAAGUUGUUGUUGUUAUGGUAUCAUGUUUAGUGCCCUAUUGUGGAGCGUCUGGUGAACUCCAUGAUGAUGCAUGGACGUAACAAUGGCAAGAAACUCAUGACUGUCACAAUUGUGAAGCAUGCAUUUGAGAUCAUUCAUCUGCUAACUGGAGAGGUAAGUCAGAGUAAAAGAAAAAUUUUCUUAUCCACUUGCCCUUCAAACAAGCACUAUAUUAAAUUUGGUUAUCCAAUUGUCCAAAAAGUUUUGCUCAAAACUCAAAACAAUUGGGCAUUUAAUGUUUUUAAUCACGUUAUUAUCCUUGUAAAUAUUAUUGUUCUUGACUUGAGCCUGAAAUGGAGAUCGUAAAAACAAAUGAAAUGGCCGCACAGUGGAAAAGUUAAAAGGAAUAUUUAACCUUUUUUCAAGUAUGAGGCUUGCUUUUAUAAGUAUAAGAUAAAUUUUAAUUUCUGCCUGUCCUGGACAAUCAGACAUAGGUUUUGGCAUGCCCUGUAAGUGUCUGGGCUGUUGGACUUAAAGGUGAUAGCUAUUAUACAAUAUUCAUUCUGUGGGAACUUAAGUGUAGCUGAAAUUGAUAUUUUAUAUCCUAAGGCGCUGUGAAUCGUACAUACAGAUGUAUACUACAUAUCACUCACAAACCCUGGAAACAGAAAAUGACAAGAUUUCCCUGGUGCAUAUCAAGCAAAAUUUGAAUACUCUGUAAAGAGAUUCAAGUAGAUUCAAUCUUAAUCAUAACAAAGUCAAUGAAUAGAUCAUCUUCAAAAUGAAUAACUGAGUAGUUUAGUUUGUUCCCAAAUUAUUAUAUUACUUGUCAUUACAGAAAUUGAUGGUACUGAUAUUUCUUGAUUGUACUUUAUUCUUAAGAAUCCCCUGCAAGUGUUGGUAAAUGCCAUCAUUAACAGUGGACCACGUGAAGACUCCACCCGUAUUGGUCGUGCAGGUACUGUCCGUCGUCAAGCCGUUGAUGUGUCCCCUCUGAGGCGAGUGAAUCAGGCUAUUUGGCUGCUCUGUACUGGGGCUCGGGAAUCAGCCUUCAGGAACAUCAAGUCAAUUGCUGAAUGCCUUGCUGAUGAACUUAUCAAUGCUGCUAAGGUUUGUAUAGUUUUAGAAAGGAAGCUUUUUCAUUUUUGCUAUGUUGUGAAUUAUUAAGUCUCUCUGUUAACGUAGUUUCCCUCAAACUGAUGUGCUUUUUAUUAUGCUGUUGGACUCAAUGAAACCCCUAGAAUCUCCUGGCCUGAAAGCAAGAGUCUAUCCCUUCUUAAAGGUUCUAUUUACAGACACUAAAUAUGGUAGAUAGCAGUAACCAUUCCUUAUUUCCUCAAAGGUGAAGAGAAGGUUUUUUUCCCUAAUGUGUUUUGCAGGAUUGUUAGAUUUGAAAAAGGUUUGGUGAGGAAACUGAACUAAGUGAACACAAACACACCUGAUAGUGUCAGUGUACAUAUUACUUUUAGCCCAACUUUUAGAUGCUGUAUUCUACAGUUUUAUAAGGCUCUAGUCCCUCCCCAUUUGAUCGUAGUUACUAAAACAAGGAAUGACUAACAAUGACCUACAAUGAUCUACAAUGACCUACAAUGAUCUACAAUGACCUACAAUGACCUACAAUGAUCUACAAUGACCUACAAUAAUCUACAAUGAUCUACAAUGACCUACAAUGAGCUACUAUGACUGAACGUGUAAUCCCUGUAAAGAGCUAAGAUGAAGAUUUUAGAAAAAGACAAAAAAAAAAUAUCAGGGGACAUCUGUGCGUAAACGUAACGCGUUUAGUCUACUGCAUGACAGCCCAUUUAAUGAUGACAGUAUCUCUAAUUAUUACGCUUGGAGAUAAAUUUACAGUGUAAUAAUACGUGUAUGAUGAUACUGUGACUUUUGUCCAAACCAUCCCUUGCAACCUUUCACAUUAGUUUUAUUUUGUCUUGUCUUUUUUUCAAACAAAUUGAACAAACACAGUCACCCCAACAGUCGAUCCUGGGGGAUCUUCAGGGGGCGUAAGGGUAGAGAUGAACAAAGGAGGCCUUCAAAUUCUGACCCUGUUCAAAAGAAAAUUGUUCAUUUUUUUAGAGUACCCUGGCCUGUAUAAGACAUCAUAAGACCCUUUAAAUGGCUUUCGGUUCUACAGGAUGCUCUCUUUGUAACACUAAAAUUAAUAGUAAAAUCCAUAUCCUGCUCAGCAGCACAUACCCAUCUAGGUCAAAUAAGGGAGUGCCUGCAUGACUUCCGUCAAUACAGGGUAUAAUAGUGCUAUACCAGUAAAAACGCAAUUGCAAUAAUCUAUUUUCAACUUUCUCAAGUUACCUGAGAUCAGGCACAAUUUGUGUUUUGUCUUUCAAAAUGUGCUUGGCAAUUUAAUACUACAAGCCUAGUGUCAUGUCCAAGCGUGACACACGACAAAUAUCAUUGUCUGUCAUUUUAUAGCUCAUUGUAGGGCUUAUUUUAACUCAUUUUAGCUCGUAGCAGCUCAUUGUAGCUCGUAGUAGCUCAUCGUAGAUCAUUGUAGGCCAUUGUAGGCUAUUCCUUGUUUUAGUAACUACGACACACGUCCCUUGAUCUUUUUUUUUUUGUCUUUUUCUAAAAUCUUCAUUUCAGCUCAUUACAGGGAUUACACGUUCGGUCAUAGCUCAUUGUAGGUCAUUGUAGAUCAUUGUAGGUCAUUGUAGGUCAUUCCUUGUUUUAGUAACUAUGCCCAUUUGAUAUGUUUUUACAAUCUCUUCUCCUCUGUACCUUCGGUGUUAAGAGACAGGGUCUGUAAAAUCGGUCCAGUGCAUUCAGGGUCGAAUAAUAGUUUGCCCUCAAACGUUGCCUAGUAAAUCAUCGUUCAUAAGUAAAUAAAAUGACUCUCGUUUUGGGAAACACUUCAAAAGAAACAUGUUAGAGCACUCAACUGUCAAACUGCCAAAUACCUUGAAUUUGCGUGUGGCGAAAGCCGAAAAAUUACGCCAAUUGCCAAGCUCGUUUCUCGAAAUCCACGAAACGUGAGAAAAAAUUGUUGUCAAUUCUAGGUUAAGGUGUUUAUUAACAGUGUGGAUAAGAUCUUAAUUUUAUAUUCAGGUGAACUGAAUAGUUUAUUGCUGGAAAUCAGAAAUCAAGAACAACUGAUUUGGUUUGUCUCCCCUCUUAUUUCUAUGACUGGUGUGCUUUUUUCAGGGAUCAUCAAAUUCCUAUGCCAUCAAGAAGAAAGAUGAGUUGGAACGUGUUGCUAAGUCUAACCGUUAA